AUGUACUUCUUCAAUGCAGAGAAGCAGGGGAGUUACUUUGAGGGAUGGACAAUGCGGCGGUUUGCGUUUGACACCAAGCGACGGCAUAUGUAUUACACAGAAUGUGAAAAGGGCGGCAAUCGCGAGAUGGAGAAUGGCCCGCUGUGGAAGAAGAAGUUUAAAGUCACUCGAUUUAUUCCCAUCGCGACUGUGCAUGAGUUUCACUUGGAUGAUCCACACUUAAAAGAGGCGGACUUCUUCACAAUGGAGAUUCACGGCAGAACACGUCGAUUGGGUGCAGAGGAACCUCCUAAAGAACCAUUACUUUCUCCCUCUACAGGACCUUCACCUUUUCCAUCUCAACAACAACAAUCUCAUCAAUCUCAACAACAGAAUCAGAAUGGAGAAAGAUCAGAGACAUUGGGAGAUCUCAGUGGAGUAGAGACGCGAGAUCCAUUUGAAUUAUGUGAAUUAUAUGAAGUAUUGCGAGAUGAGUUCACAGCGAUGCGGCGUGAGAAUAUGCUUCGUGCGGUAAACUCUUCUUCUUCUGUGGCCUCUCAGCGAUCGACUGGCAGUUCACCGGCGGUUGGGGGUUCUGCGAGUGUUGGCGUUGUUGGGAUUGGCGGUGCUCAUACCACCACAAGUCUCAGCAACACGUGGAAUGGAGAAUAUGAAGUCUCCACACUUACUUCUCCACGAUCCGCCUCUGCAAAGGAACGACACAUCACCGCUAUUUUACGUUGUCAAUCGGAAUAUGAUUUCCGUCGAUUGUGGUUUGUGCUGCAGACGGUAUUGGGAUAUGAUCGAUUGGAUGUACGGCCGUAUCGUGGACUCCCACCGUAUGAUCCUCGUAAUGGAAUUCCCUUUGCACAUGUUCCUAUGCAUCUCUGGCAUACGUUUCAUGUAUUGGAGAAGUCUGUUUUUUAUACAUUUCUGCGUGGAGAUCUUGUGGGUCGUGGCAGUGAUGGAAAUUUACAAGUUUCUCUCCCUGGUGCGUAUCUCUGCAUUACACAUGAUAUGUUAUUAGUGAUGCGGAGUAAUGGAUCUAUUCCACGUUGGGUGCGAUUGCAGGAUGUACAUACAUUUGAAUUUAAUACAGUUGCCCGUCGGCCAUUCUUUGCAUUCUUAACAGAUGAUCCCGCACCGGAUGUGUUAUUUAUUCCCAGUCCACCAUUAUUUGGUCCAACCGCUAUUGCGAAUUUCUCCGCUCAACAAAGUGUUCAUCAUGUGAAGUGUGUUUUACAAGAGACGUGUUUUCUCUCUGAGUUUAUUCGUCGAGCCAUUCGAUUUACAAAUGUAAAUUGGGCGGCCAGUGUGCGUGGAUAUUAUAAUACCAAGGAAAAAACUCGACACUUUAAAUUCACCCCACUGGAUGGUUUUGAUAAUUCCCUAAGUUGUUUAAUCCCUAAAGUCCAACUCGCAAAAGUAUGGCGAGAAGUUAUUCUCCAUCAACGAAGUCGAUCGAAUGAUGAUAUCGCCGCUAUUCCACUCGAAGGUGAGGCCGCAGCGGAAGUCAAUCCAGUCUUAUCUACACAACAACUGCACACCGUACGGCAGCAGAUGGGAAGACAACAGGCCCGCUCACAAGAUGAGAUCGUCGGCGUGCCGCUGGACGCAUUACUCACAAACCGCCGCGAACGCACCUCCGCCGCUCUGGAAACACCCGUCAUUCAAGCCGAGAAUGUGACUAUCCCCCAACAAGAUACAAGAGAGAAUCAAGAGAAGAAAGAGAAAGAAGAAGAAGAACAAGAAGAACAAGAAGAGAUUGUCUAUCAACAGCCGGGUGCCUGUUAUUUAAGUAGAGACGCAUCAUUGAUGGUUGUGCAGCCGAAUAUCACCGGCGCGGAGAAUCACUUUGGACCGGAGAGUCACGUGGUGGAACUUGUGAAUACAAGUCUAGUGGCUAUCGGGGGAGAGAGAAUGGAGAAGUAA